GCCUCCCGGGAGAUAUACUGGUCCUCCGCAAACUACCUGGGACGCUCGCUGGACUUGGCUAUGCCAACAUACAGCUUUGCUGUCAUGGGACAACGCCCCCGAGUCAUCCCUGCAGAUCCGUAGAGGAGCUUCUCCAGCUUGCUUCCAUUCCCCCAGGGGACUAUGGCCUCAGGGCAUUGCAAACUGGGGGCCUCACCGGUCCAUCACCACUGUCACCAUCAGCACCAACAUCAGUUGUCGCUCCAACCGCCGCUAGGGUCCAAAGCACCUUGUCCUGAAAAGAUGAAGAGAGAUGUCAGCGCGGAGACUUAUUGGUCCAGGCCUGAAUGCCAGGUUUGGACUGUGAUGUUAUUGUUGGGAACAUGUCUCCUUUACUGUGCCCGGGUCACUAUGCCCAUCUGUGCUGUCUCCAUGAAUGAAGAUUUUGGAUGGAACAAGAAGCAGUCUGGGAUCUUGCUAAGUAGCUUCUUCUGGGGUUACUGCCUAACUCAGAUCAUGGGAGGCCACCUUGGAGAUCGGAUUGGAGGAGACAAGGUCAUUUUGAUCUCGGCCUCAGCCUGGGGUUUCAUCACGGCUGUCACCCCAUUGCUUUCCCACAUCAGCAGUGCCCACUUGGUCUUUAUGACUCUUUCCCGAAUACUUAUGGGGUUGUUUCAAGGGGUUUAUUUCCCUGCCUUGACAAGCCUGUUGUCUCAGAAAGUCCGAGAGAAUGAGCGAGCGUUCACCUAUAGCACUGUGGGUGCAGGUUCCCAGUUUGGGACGUUGGUGAUAGGAGGAGCUGGCUCUCUCCUCUUGGACUGGUAUGGCUGGCAGAGCGUCUUCUACUUCUCUGGUGUGCUCACUUUGAUUUGGGUCUAUUUUAUGUACAGAUACCUGCUGAGGGAAAAAGAACUUGCAAUAUCCUUGGAAAUUUUGGCAAAAGCCUUUUCCAUUUCCAAGCAGAAAAAAAUUCCCUGGAGACAGUUAUUUCGGAGACCUCCUGUGUGGGCAGUCAUAUUUGCUCAGCUAUCUUCUGCUAGCUCAUUCUUCAUCCUCCUUUCCUGGCUGCCAACGUUUUUUAAGGAAACUUUCCCCAACUCUAAGGGCUGGGUGUUCAAUGUCGUCCCCUGGCUGAUUGCAAUCCCUACCAGCGUGUUUAGUGGGUUUCUUUCGGAUCACCUCAUCAGUCAGGGUUAUAGAACCAUCACUGUGCGCAAAUUGAUGCAGGUAAUGGGGUUAGGCCUGUCCAGUGUGUUUGCCUUGUUUCUGGGUCACACAAGGAGCUUUUGUAAAUCUAUUAUAUUUGCAUCAGCUUCAAUCGGACUCCAGACUUUUAACCACAGUGGAAUUUCAGUUAACAUUCAGGACCUGGCCCCAUCUUGUGCUGGCUUUUUAUUUGGCGUAGCAAACACAGCUGGAGCUUUGGCAGGUGUUAUUGGGGUAUGCCUAGGAGGAUAUCUGAUUGAAGCUACUGGCUCCUGGACUUCAGUUUUCAAUCUUGUGGCCAUCAUUAGUAAUCUAGGACUCUGCAUGUUCCUGGUAUUUGGAGAAGCCCAGAGGGUGGAUUUCAGCUCUGCUUAUGAAGACCUUUAAGUCCCCAACCUCAUGCUGGAAGCUGACUACUCGGACAACAAAGAGUUGCAUUCCCAUUUGAUUGUUCAUGGGGGAAAAUAUCCAGUUUUCUAAGGGGAAAGGUUGGUUUUUUCCAGAGGGAAAGAAAAAACAUUGUGGGCUUGAGGAAAAUGGGGAAGAGGCAAAGACCUGCUCAGAUAUUAACUGCAGUCAUUUGCUACCCUCAGGUCUUACCUGAUCACAGUAAGAGCCUGCUCUAUGCAGAUUGAGGUGAAGUUAUCUUUCAGGAUACCUUUGGGGAGGUAUGGCCUUGACUAGUCCAUUGACCUAUAAGGAAAAUUUACUUUUGGGUUGAAUUCUCAGGCCUUAGAGAGUUUGUGCAUUGACAUUGGAGACUGAUCUCUCCUGCUGCCCCAAAUGCCUUUUCCUUUUGGACAGCGGACCUUUUUAGGUUACUCAGAUCUCCUUCCCCAACGGCAGUACUUUGGCCUGUCAAAGCCAGGUGUGAAAUCCCCAGAGAUAAGGAUCUCCGGGGACCUUUUCCACUGCUUCCAGGGCAGUUCGGAUCUAGUUGGACCAGUUGUGUUCCAUGCAGUCAAUAGAAAAGCGUCAGCUGUGAGUCCCAUUUGAUCCUGUGGAUUCAACACACACACAUACACACAUUGUUGCUCGCUCACUCUCAGCGGCUCUGUGUGUGUUCUUACUUUGCAUUCUGAGAAUGCAGGAGACAUUCCAGAUAAGCCAUGGCUAGAUGGCAGCUGGCUAUGGGAUUCCUCUGCAAUAGGGGCUCCAUAGUCCUUUGAGUACUACCCAACUAGACAUCAAUUUUUUGUAGUUGUAUGGUUUUUUUUUCUUCAUUUCAGGGGAAAGCUAACCAUCUGUGGCCCUGAGAAACAAUGUUGUUUAAGGAGUCCAAGACACCUCAAUGGAAAUUCAGAUUGCCACAAGGCCUUGGGAAGGACAUUCCUUAUCUCUGUGCCACAGUUAACCCAUCUGUAAAAUGGGAAUAAUAACCAUGCUGCCCAUUCCUACCUCAAAAGGCCAUUAUGAGGUUACCAAGAUCAUUGAGGGAGGUGUGCUUUAAGCUCCUUAGAAUAAAGGUGGUUUCAAAUGAUGUGGCUUUUAUUAACGGGUCUCUUGUUAACUGACUAUUAUGCUGGCUAACCUCAUGACUGGGGAACCCAUGACAUUUUUCCAGAAGAUGUUCGCUGAGCCUCCUUUGAAGAAAAAAAGCAAUAUAUUAAUGCCAUAGAACAAUAAAGCAGACAGAAUUUUAUUUAAAUGGUGGCCAUUAAAAGACUCCAGU